CACACAAGAGCCUGGGACCGAGCGUCCAAUAUGGCGGAAAAACAGUCGGAUUUUAAAAGUACAAAGGAGUGCUCCCAGGAUGCCGUCGAGUCAAGCGAUGUUCCAUUUCUAUACAAUGGGCAAUUCUUUAUACUGGCUGUCCUCUGUUCAUUGCCCCUUCUGUACUUUGGUGGAGAAAGGUUGUUUGGAGUUGGUGCGCUGUGUUUAGUGACUGUUUAUGUAUUUCACAUCUCCUUUCACGAAACCAAGAGUUCAGUUAUUGGUUUUGUUAUUUGUGUUGCUAUUAUGCAGUUUGCUAUUCUUUAUUCCAUUGGACCUCUUAUCUGGCAGUCUGUUUUCAAUGUAAUAUUUCUACUCGUCUACAAUGUUUUCAUUGUGCUCACAGGUGGUUUAGGCUUGCUGCAGUUUGAAGUAUUUCGCAGAGAUGAAGUUGAUUUUUGUGAAAAUGUGGAGUAUUUUCUGUUCUUGCUGUAUCCUCCAUGUUGUGUGCUCAUCCUAAUGUGGCUAAUUUCCUUAGCCUUUGGUGUUCAUCUUGCUCCUUAUUCAAUCAUUGCAAUUGGAUUUCCGAUGUGUCAUACGUUUUUGGAUCCAAAACUGAGGCCUAGUUUUUCAACAAAAAGUGAUCAAGUUCUUGGUCACCCUGAAAAAAUGUUGGCCUUGUUUAACUUCGUAUUUUCUCCAAGCUUUGUCUACUGUCUUGUCAAUUUCUUCAAUCUGUUGCAUCAUGCUUCGUUGAUUUCUGCGUUAUUUUGUAUUUCUGUUCCACUGUUUUUAAUCACGUUUCUCGACACGACAGAUCUUAGAGACAUGGCAGAUAUUAGAAACUCACAGUGGCAGAUAUUUCAAGUUGUUACUGGAUGUUUUUCUUUGAUACUUGGUGCUAUACUUGCCUAUUUACAUGAAGUUGUUGACGGAACGAAUGCAGUCUUUCUUGCCGUAAUCCUGGCUUGCAGUACAACCUUGUUUUUCAUCGUUAAAUACAGAUACUCAAAGAUUAUGUCGUCUUUCACAUGUGGAUUUCUUUUGAUUACCUACCUAGCCUGGUUCACUACAUUACCCUGGAACUUGGAUUUUUCAAUUGGAAAUGAGAUCAAGCUGUCGUUUUUCACAGUGGACCUAUUAGUCUCAUUGCUUGGCGUUAUUUCAGUUGUGGCAGUGGCUGUCUCGCUCAGUGUUCGCUACAGAUCAAAUUUAAACCAUAUUUUACUUCUGCACACGUUUGGUUUCGUUGUUUUGGAGAUAGUUCUGGUGGACAGCGAGGCGUAUUCGCCAUAUCUGAUGAUCUUGACAAGCCUUCUAGUACUAUAUUUGGUGCAAAGACUAUACAAUGUUCGACGUCUGACCAAAGCCUCAGCUGUGAUGUGUUUUUCACUUCAUGGUACUAAACUACUAUUAAUACUUACGUCUUGGAACACAAAGUUGGAAGCAACGACAUCGUUGCUUGUCGUUUUCUCUGGGUUCGGUGCUUGUGCCACUCUUACCAACAUUUUUAUCUUUGAACACAACAAGCAUCUCGACAGGAAUGAGAUUUUAGGUUACACAGGCAUCCUGUUUGGGUCUUUGGUUCUGUUAUCAUCCACGUCUAUUCAGUCAUUGUGUGUUGUUUUGAAUCAUAGCGAUUCUUCAUCUGCCGAUAUUAUUGGUAUAAUUCUUAUCCUGACGGGCGCUUGCUUUGCGAAGCUUGCUUUUCUUAAUUCUGAAGAGCAAGCGAUGAAGAAACAAAGUAUUCUUGUGAUAUUUACUGGAGUUCUUUUUACUAUCCUUCAACCACAUGCCAGUAUUGAGGUCUUCACACAACUACCAAAAUUGAUUUUUCGUGAAGUAUUUUAUGAUACGUGGGCUGUGAUCUUCGCUGAGUAUAUUAUUUUACCCUGGUGUUUGUUUGUCUCGCUAUCCUUCGUCAUGUUGUUGUUGUUAAAGUUGCUAUCUCUAAAAGCAAUGACAGCAAUAUUUGUUAUAAUAAUGUCUGUCUGCAUUGGAGCACCGCUUGGUCUUUAUGUCGCGCAUUGGGUCCUCCCUUAUCCUAAAUUACCCUCAUCAUUCUUGUCCAUCCCUUAUAUCAUCUCUGCAGCAAUUGUGACAAGCGCUGUGCUAUUGGCGAGCAAAGGACAAUCGACACUCGACACCGGCGUGAAAAUAUACGUUGUCUUCCUCAUUGUUUCUAUCGCAUCCGUAGUUGGAGAAGUUUAUUGGAAAAUACGUAUCAACUUUUUACAAAGCGAAAUUCCACCGAGUGUCAUAUACCAGGUCUUUCUUCAUCUUAUAAUGAUCAUUCUUAGUCGACCUCAAUCUGAGCUGCAAACAUCAUUGGAAAAGAAGGACCCCAUUUUCUCAAAUGCCACUCGUAAUAUUUCAGUUCUUCUGGUUUUUAUCUGUGGCUUGGCAUUCUCACCCAAGUAUUACUAUGAUAUAAUGCUUGUGCCUGUCUGUGGACUUGUAUUGAUGUUGAGAACGAAAAAUGUUGGCGUUUUGAAAAUAGGAAAGAAUGAAUCUACCUUGAAGAAAGUUCUUUUCGCAGGAAUCAUAUGCUGCAUCUUGUACUACAGGCUAAUCCAACAAUUACCAUUGGAUAAAGCAGGCUUUUGGAGCACUGUAGCUUUUGUCCUGGAGGUAUCUGUUGCCAUUGGUUCGUUCCUAGUCUUUCUCGUUAUAUUUUCAACGUUCUGGCAUCAAUCUAUCUCUCGGAGCGAAGAACUAUUUCUAGCAGUAUUGUGUCCUGUUUUUACGCUGAUGUUAUUUUACGGUAGAACAACCGCUGGACAAGUGCUAGGGAUAGUGGGCCCAGCUUUAGCUUACAAUGCAUUUUACUACCCUUCUAGGUAACCAACUUGAUCCCAGGACCAGUUCCUGGAUUCCUGGAAAGUCUUUGCAUAAUUAUCGACUAAAACAUUAGGUUUUAGCGGCAGGAAUUGAGGCUUACAAUCAGUUUCAAAGUAGUUGAGACACUCGUAAUUUAGGGCAAAAGUAGAUUUAAUUUUUUUACUAACGAAACCAUCUAUUGAGCCUCCCUUCUUCCAUUCAAUGUUUUUGAUCCAAGGUCUCUGCAACAUUGAUUUGAGGGCGAAGGGAAGCAAAUUGAAAUUGAUUGUUACCCCAGGAACGACGCUGGGACAAUGCGAAUGCAAAGGGGCAAAAUUUUCCUUGGAAGGGCACUUCUAAAUUGGCACAUGCUACUGAUGCUAGAGAGUGUGUUUGCGAAACAACGACAGUUGAACAGGUUUGCGGUUUCUAGGGCUUUUACUCCAGAGGAUUGUGUUAAACUUGAAGCUCGUAGUUGAAGCAUACAAUAGCGUUGCUUAAGCAGAUUUAUUCACGAAUUACAAUGACGUUCCUCAGGUUAAAAGACUAAUCUUUGGCCCCUCCUCCUAUCGGAAGGCAAGACUCGAGAGUCCCUGCUUAAUCACUUGUUAAAUCCAAUAUCAAUUUCGGGGGAAGGGACUCUGGGGACUUAAGCCUGUAUAUAACGCCGACGUCGGCAAAGCAUUAUUGUCGGUGAUUAUUGAUGAGUGAAAUAUUUUGUCUUUCUGAAAUCAUUUCUCCUUGGAUGAUUACAGAAAAUAAGUCGGCGAACGGUCGGCGUCAUAUGGACCAGGCUUUAAGCCUGUUUCACACUUGUCCUAAGAAUCUAGGAUUCGGGAUUCUCUUUGUCUAAGGUCACUAGUGCGCAAACUGCUGUCUAUCGGAAAGUAAUACAAUGGAUCCCCGAUUCUUAGGAGCCAGUGUGAAUCAGGCUUAGACAGAAAAUAGGUUAUAUUUUUAAAAUUGUCAAAAGAAAAUUUCAUAAACAAUUUUUCUACACAA